AUGAGCACUAGAAAGGGUAUAAGAGGCCGCGGAAGAGGCCGUGGAAGUGCUAGAGCUGGAUCAUCGGCAUCGGGGCACAUGCCAGACAUUGAGGCGAGGGAAGCACCAACUUCACCUGUGGCUGAGACAGGGUCGUUCGAUCUAGCUGCUAGGGAUGACAUACUGUUCCAGGUGAAACUUCAUAUUUUGGAAAGGGUUGCUGGUACUGCUGGGUCUAGUACUAUUGCUGGGGGUCGUGGGUCGGUUACAGAACGACUAGGAUCAAAUGGAGCAGAGAUCUUUAGGGGAGUUUCUAGGGUGGCCCCUAGUGUGGCAGAAUACUGGUUGGAGGCUAUCAAAAGAAUUUUGGAUGACCUCGGCUGCACUCCAGAACAAAAGUUGAAAGGUGUCGUGUCCUUGCUGAGGGAUGAAUCUUACCAAUGGUGGCUUACGGUAAAAGAGGGUACCUUUUCUGAUCGAUUGACCUGGGAGUUCUUCAAGUCAACAUUUCAGGAAAAUUAUGUGGGCGCCAGCUAUGUCGAUGCUCGUAGGAAGGAAUUUCUGAAUUUGGUUCAAGGUGACAGAUCUGUGGCUGACCUCCGAGUGUUGAUAGCUCUACAGAGGAAGCAGGACUUUAUCGCGUUAGUAGAGAAAGCUAAGAUUGCUGAGGAGGUAAAGCGCGUCGAGAGUCAGAACUGGGAAAAAGAAAGGAGAAGGGAUAAGAGGGAUUUAGAACCCUUCAAUUCGGAUCGUAGGCCUAAGAGAAAUGCCAGAAUAGAAGGGCUUGUUCGGAUUAGGGCCCCUGUUGCUGUUACUGGAUCACAGCCUUGUGCGGGAUGUGAGAGCUACAAUCAGGGUGACUGUCGGAAAAGGAAUGGGACGUCUUUCAAGUGUGGAUUAGUGGAGCAGUUUGUGAGAGAUUGUCCACAGAGGCCUUGGUGGAUGUAG